AUGGCAUCUCAUGGUGGAGGUGGGGCAUCCCUUCCUCAUUCUCACAGCAGUCCUAGUGGAAUGUAUCCUGCACCAUCAUCCCCAGAGGGUCGAAGUUUAGGCAAAAGACUUCCCGUACAAGUGCAUUUUCUUGAUGAAUCUAUAGCUUCUUUUAAUAUUCAAUUUAAAGCUUUGGGAAAAGUUUUAUUUGAUCAAGUUUGCAAGCUUUUAAAUUUGUUGGAGACCGAUUAUUUUGGAUUAGAAUAUAUUGACUGCGCAGGAACAAAAUUUUGGCUUGAUUAUGAAAAACCAAUGUGUCGACAAAUGGGACUAUCGAUGAUCAAUCCAAUUAUGUAUUUUUCUGUAAAGUUUUAUACACCUGACCCUGCCCAACUGGAAGAAGAAUACACUAGGUAUUUAUUUAGUUUACAAAUUAAAAAAGACUUGUCUCAGGGCGUUUUAAUAUGCAAUGAUAACACAGCAGCACUGAUGGCAUCAUAUAUUGUGCAAGCUGAAUGUGGAGAUUUUGUUUCUGAAGAUUAUCCAGAUCACAAUUAUGUUUCUUCUUUCAAAUUUGUUCCUCAUCAAGAUGCCGAUUUUCAGCACAAAAUCAUGGAAAAUCAUAAAAAGCACAUUGGGCAAUCUCCAGCUGAAGCGGAUCUUAAUCUGUUAGAGACUGCAAGACGUUGUGAGCUUUAUGGAAUUAAGAUGACUCCAGCAAAAGACAAUGAAGGUGUACCAUUAAAUCUUGCUGUGGCUCAUAUGGGUGUUCUGGUCUUCCAAAAUUAUACUAAAAUAAAUACUUUUUCAUGGGCAAAAGUUAGGAAAAUCAGUUUUAAAAGACGAAAAUUUUUUAUCAAGCUACAUCCUGAAGGUUAUGGUUACUAUAAAGACACAGUUGAGUUUGUGUUCGAAAGUCGAAAUGAGUGCAAGAAUUUUUGGAAGAAAUGUAUUGAAAAUCAUGCCUUUUUUCGCUGUAGUGAAGUUAAAAGGUUGCCACGUCAUAAAACUCGCAUAUUUAGUCGAGGCUCUUCUUUUAGGUAUAGUGGUCGUACCCAAAAGCAAAUGGUCGAAUAUGUACGAGAAAACUAUGUCAAACGACAACCAUUUCAAAGAUCUACAAGCUUACGUGUCUCAACCACUCGUAGAGGCUUAGGAAUGGUUGGCACAUCUCUAUCAGCUCAACCGUUGUUACCAGUGAGUAGUAGUCAAUCAUGUGGUUCUGUUAUUUUAUCUCAUGAUGUGGAAGUGCCUUCUGCCUUGGUGACCAGGCCAACUUCUGCAUCUCAACCAUCAUCUCCUAGAGUUAAUCAGGAGUCAUCUAGAAUGAUUGCAAAUGGAAGCAUAUGCAUUGACCCGAGGAGUUCCUAUUUGGACCGAAGAGAUCAUCCACCAGCCUUUGACUCUUCUCCUCCAUACCAAUCUCCAGCAAAAGAUCUAUCUAGCCCUGUUAGCCAACCUAGAAGUAGUAGUAAUGUUCAUAGUGAAACAACUUCAAUAUCCACCAGGUGCAUCUCUAGUGACGAAGAAAUGAGUCGAUCUCCCACUUCUCCUCUACGAAGCCUUCGGGAACAGUGCAGCACUGCUCAUUCUCCAAGGUCUGAAACAGACACAGAAAUUAGGAGGAAGAAUGUGCCAUCCGACAAAUCUUACUUCAUUGCCAAAGAGUUUUUGAUGACUGAAAGAACUUAUAAAAAAGAUUUGGAGCUAAUUAAUGUGUGGUUUCGGGAUGAAGUCAGUAAAGAAGAAAAUAUGCCAACUGAUGCGUUAGCUGUAUUAUUCUCUGUCAUUGAUCCUUUAUAUGAAUUUCAUUGUUCUUUGCUUCGUGAACUUGAACAUAGGAUAGCUACAUGGGAGGGAAGAACUGGAAUGCCUUUACAAACUCAUAUUCAAGGAAUUGGAGAUAUUUUGUUGCGGAAAGUUCAAAUGACUGAGUUUUACACUGGAUAUGUGGAAAAGUUACCUUUUAUUCUCGAAAGGCUAAAUAGUGCAUACUGUGCCAAUACUCAUUUUGAAAGAAUGUUUUGUGAUUUUGAAAUGCAGAGAGUUUGUUAUCUUCCUCUAACAUCAUUUCUUCUGCGUCCUGCCCAUCGUCUCAUGCAUUAUAUUAAUCUACUUGAAAAGUUGGUGAAUCAUUAUGGAGACAGUCAUCCUGAUGCCAAAAACUGUAAAACUGUUUUGUUUAAACUUAAACAAGUUACAAAUGGAUUCAUGACGAAUGUGAAUUGUUCUGCUAACUUUGUAAAAUUAAUGGAACUGCAGCGAGAUUUGUAUGGGAUAUCCAACCUAACAACCAAUAGAAGGGAAUUUUUGAGAGAAGGAUGCCUGCAAAAGCUUUCAAGAAAGGGUUAUCAGAACCGAAUGUUCUUUUUAUUUUCAGAUGUUCUUCUGUACACAAGUAGGGCACCUAGUGCUCAACUUCAGUUUAAAGUACAUGGACAGCUUCCAUUAGAUGGUGUUAUGGUAGAAGAAACAGAGCCAAAAAUGGGUGUAACUAAUUGUUUCACUAUUUAUGGUGGAAAUAGAGCUUUAAUGGUUGCAGCUAGUUCUGCAGAAGAAAGGCAGAAAUGGCUGAAAGAUUUGACUGAAACUAUUCAAAGUGUCAGGUCGCCUAAAGAUGAUAAUUUAUUUUAUUCUAGUCUUCGAUCAUGCAGCUCAUCUGAUGAAGUACUUGAACAACCUGAUAGCUUGAAAAGUUCUGAAGUUGUAGGAUUAAAUAGCGGAACUGCAAAGCCUUAUCAACAUCGUUCUAACACCACAGUUCAUAUAUGUUGGCAUCGUAAUACAAGUGUUGGUAAAGAAGAUUAUAAAAAAGGUCUUCUGAAUUACCUCAGUGGUUACCUUCUUCGAAAAUUUAAAAAUAGCAGUGGUUGGCAGAAAUUAUGGGUAGUCUUUACAAACUUUUGCCUUUUUUUCUACAAGUCCUAUCAGGAUGAUUUUCCACUUGCUAGCCUUCCAUUACUAGGUUAUUCUGUAACCUUGCCAAGCCCUCAAGAUAACAUAAACAAAGACUAUGUGUUCAAACUGCAGUUCAAAAAUCAUAUAUAUUUCUUUAGAGCUGAAAGUGAAUAUACAUUCGAAAGGUGGGUGGAUGUGAUAAAGAGUGCAACCCUUAAGUUUUAAGUUAUAAAGUUGUCAUGUUUGAAAGACAGAGAGAGAGAGAGAAUGAACAAAAUAAUUCCGUCUCACGAGUGGUUCUUAAAAUAUUCCAAGGCAAAACCUUUUCCAUUAAAUGCACUGUUUUAUAAUUUUUUGUAAACAUUUAUGUUAUUAAUGUAUCAUAAUUUUUCAGUAAUAGUUUUUUAAUGUUGUUUCAAAAUAAUCAUUAUGUUGAUGAUUUAUGAAGUAUAAUUUUUGGGAUGAUUUUUAGAAUUUCUUUUGAAAAUAUUUUCUUGUUCUUUACAUUUCUGUAUGGUUGUUUUAUCGUGCAAAGAUAUAUAUCAUACAUACAUGCAUCACCUUUUUAAUUUUGUUUUAAAGCUUUUUCUGAAUUUUAUUCAUCUAUUUCAAACAUAUGCAUUUAAGAGAUCCCUUUGAACAUGAAUGCUGACUCAUAAAAUUCCAUGUUGAGUACAAACUGUUAAUAAUUAGGGUGCAGUAUUAUGACUCCCUAUGCAUUUUAAAUCAAUGUUUUUAAAAUACUUUAACAUUUUUGUUUAUCUUUUAAUCAAUUUUCCAUCUGUUGAUUUGGGUGCUUAUGUUAUAAUAUAAAAUUAUCUAUUUUUUUCAUCAUUAAAAAAUAUAAAUAUUUUCUUACUUCAUAAAAAUAAAUUAAUUAAAACAUUUUCUUAAAAUUUCCAGCAAUUUUUCUGUUCUCAACAAUAUAUUGUUUCUGUAUUAUCCUUUUUAAUUCAGAAAGUAAUUAGCAAUGUUAGUGAAUCACUUUCUUUUUAUGAAGGUUUCUGGCAUCUAGUUUCAAUUUAACUUUUCUCUGAACCAAACAAGAUGCUUGUAAAUUUAUAUACAUAAUUACUUUUAUUCUUAAGUUAACAAAACAUGUACAUAUGUGUGAUUGAUUGCAUGAAAACCUACUUGUGAAAUGAAAAAGUGAAAAGAGGCAAACUAACAUGUGUAUUCAUAUCUACUUCAAUUUAAUAUUUUUAAGCAAUAUUUUCAGUGCAAGAUCGCAGUUUUAAUAUUUUCACUUCCUUGUUAAUUUUUGAAAAUAGCAUCCACUGUAUGAAAAGUUACUAUGAGUAUAAAGCCAUUAACUGCCAAUCUGCAUCCAUGUAGUUGUCAGCCAAAUUUGUCUGCAGUUAGUUGUUAGUAGAUGAUUUAGGCUGUCAACUUUUGACUUUUGUAGGUACAAAUUAAAACUGUUAUGCAAAUGUGACAUAAUCAAAAGAGAUGUUGAGAGACUGUGCUCAAAGAAAAUCAUAUUUAGUCUUUCAUGAUAUUUGAAUGAAGAACUCUUUCAAAGUUAUCAGCAUACAUACAGAAAAUGUUUUUUAAAAAUGUAUUUUUCUUCAGGAAUAUAAAGAAGACCUUACCUCUAUUAGGCAUGCGUGAAAAAUCUAAGUACCUGUUUGUACUAUAUAUUUAAAAAACUAGUAGUAGGACUAGAGAAACUUUUUUAUAAUAUGAGUUUUGAAUACAAGGAGUUUUGAUUUAGGUAUUCCUUUCAUGCACCUUUUUCAUUUCAUCAAAAUAAAACUAGGUCUUUACAGAAUUUCAUUUGAACAUGUUUCAUGCUAUAAAUUAGAUAAAAUUUUCUGUUUUGUUGCUUUACCAUACCUUUUUACCAAACAAAUGAAUACUUUUGAAAGGUGAAACAGCAGAUGUAGUUGGCUUAAAUCUGCAUGUAUAAACUGAUUUUAAUACCUUUUCUGCAGUUAAUACAGCAAUUUUUAUUUUAAUUUUAUCUUCUUCCCCUUUACCAGUUUUUAAGUUUUUAUUAAUUUUCAUUGGUGGCUGAAAGUGAAAUUACUUUUGUAACUGUUCUUGGGCUAAGUGUCAGAGUCCUUAUUUUGUAUUUAACAAAUAAAUUCUUAUCACAAUAAUCUUCUUUUGUGAAAGUUAAAAAAAAUCAUAUAAAAAGUCUGUUGAUGUAAGUUUUCAUUAAUAGCUCAAGUUAAAAUGUGUAGAUGCAGAUGUAAUUGAGCCAAAUGAAUCAUUUACAUAUUUGAAGCAAAUCUAUUAAUUUAAGGGGGAAAAAUAAUGUUUUGUGUCUGAUUACUGAGUUAUGAAAAAUAACCAGUAUUUAUAUUCGUAAUCAAGAUAUUGUGUAUUCCAUUUGUAUUUUAAUUCAUAAUGAUGAAUUUGUUUGUUAAGAUAUGGUAAUGUUAAUCAUGCAAUUUUUAUAAACAGCGUGGCACUUUUUUAAAAUUCUCCUUGUAUUUUCAAAUUUUGAACUUUUUUUUUAUUUAGAGUUAAUUAUGCAUUGGAACUGACAGGGUGUCUGUUAUAAUUGUGUUCAUUGUUCAAAGUGCUAGAAAAAUUUAUGUAUUAAAACUGUGUACAUUCAAAUAUUUACUUUCUUGUGCAUCUAAAGUUAUACAAGAAAAUAUUUUUCUAUUAGCAACAUGCUUUCAGUUUCGGCAUAUGAGUUUUUGUAAGUAGCUGAUGUAAAUUCAACCGAAUGCUGGAUAAAGUAUACAUAUAUAUAUAUUAUUUAGGAGUUUGAUAUUCUAGAUACUACUUGUUGACAAAACAAUGUUUUACUUUUGUUUCUUUUUUUAUUGUUUGAUAUGAAUCUCAUUUUUAUAUUAUGUACCUAAGAAUGCUCAGCUUCAUCUGUAUGUUGUCUCGUACAUAUCAGAAUUUUAGAAGUAAAGUUAUGUUGCAUGACAUCAUAGUAAACUAUAUUACAUCUUUCUAUCUGUAAAACAAUUCUUCUACCUUUAGUAUUCUUAGUGUAUACUUUACAAUAAAUAUUGAAUCAGUUUUUAUAACUUAAACUCUUAUGUUAGUAUUGAUACCAUGUAAGGUUUAAAAUAUUCUACUUGAAUUUUCAUUGGCAAAUCAUAAUCAGUGUUAAUUUUAUGAUCUAUGAACUUUUAUUUCCCCAUAAAUCAACUUGUAUCCUCAUUGAUGUAAAAUCAGGUAGCAAUAUCCUGUGUCAGCAAUUACAAGAAUAUAAGCCUUAAAAAGAAAAAAGGACAAUACAGAAAGUUCUUCUGUUGAUACCCUUUUUUUAGGAAAUUAUUACAUGAAAUGUAAUGAUCAAAUGUAGUACUGUUCUCAGACUUUCAAAAUAACUUGUAUGUAUGGUAACACAUUAGAGAGUUUAUACAAAGUUUAUAUAGCAUGUUUCAAUGUUCAUUAUGCAAACAACUAAAGAUAUGUAAUACAUUUUUGUUGAUUUAUAUUAUUUAUUAUUACUAUUUUUUGUGUUGCAUGAGAACUGUAUUAUUUGACAAAUGAAAAGGUCAAUUGUUGCAAUAUUGCACUUGAUUAUCAGUGCAUGGAAUCUUUUUUAACUUUUUUGUGUCCUUUAUGUUUAUGAAUGAAUCUCAUUUUUUUAGAACAACUGCUACAAUAAUCUCAAUAUACGAGAAUCUCCAUUUUUCUCAACAAUAUGCCAUUCUUAUUAUUGUGAGAAAAUCUCAUAGUGUUCUCUUGUUUGUCCUAAAGAGUUGUUUGCAUUUAUACAAACAUGGUGCUUAUACAUUAACUGUUGAGAAUUUGGAUUUAAAAUUGUAUUUUUCAUUACUAUGCUGCUUUCUUUAUAUGCCUUCAACUUUUCUGAACAAAGCAGCUGUUGUUGAUUAGAUUUUGUGUGUAAUAAAUUAUAUCAUGCUAUGUGUAUUUUAUUUUUAAUGUUACUCUUAACAUUUUAAAAUAAAGUUACAUUGAUU